AUGUGUGAGAUAACGGCAACAACAGUCACGAAGCUGGAUGCCAAGGCCAACAACUACAUCAAAAAAUGGCUUGGGCUCCCAAGAUGCCUCUCCGAUGCAGCGCUGUUUGGAAGAAAUGCACUGCAGCUACCAGUGAAGAACAUCUCAACUGGUUAUAGGCUGGAGAAGUCAAGGCUGGUGCUGGAACUCCGACAGUCAAGUGACCAUCUGGUCAGAAAUGCUGGGGCUAAGAUCCGGACAGGCCGAGCAUGGAAGGCAGAGGAGUGUGUGGACGAUGCAAUCUCCAGAUUGAAACAUCAAGAGCUUGUCGGAAGAACACAGCAAGGAAGGCGUGGCCUGGGCUGGGGAGAGCCACAAAAGAUGUGGUCAAAGGCAUCCUUGAAAGAAAGGAAACAGCUAGUGGUCACAGAG